CCAUGCGCAGAAGGCCGGCUAACAACCGGCGGCGAUUGUCCACAAUGUGGACUCCGAUGACUUAAUCAGCAUGGGAUCCAAUGAUCUGGAUGUUCUGAAGCAGAUAGACAUCCCUUCAGUGUUUAUUGGUGAAGCAGCAGCCAACUCUCUCAAAGAGGAUUACGUCUAUGAGAAAGGUGGUCAUGUGAUUCUCCUGCCGGACUUCAGCUUGCCUCUGGAGUAUUAUCUGAUCCCAUUCCUCAUCAUUGUUGGAAUCUGCCUCAUCCUCAUUGUAGUUUUCAUGAUCACAAAGUUUGUUCAGGACAGACAUAGAGCCAGGAGAAGUCGCUUACGCAAGGACCAGCUGAAGAAACUCCCAAUUCACAAGUUUAAGAAAGGUGAUUCGUAUGACGUGUGUGCCAUUUGUCUGGACGAGUACGAGGAGGGUGACAAGCUGCGGGUCCUUCCCUGCUCACACGCCUAUCACAGCAGGUGUGUCGACCCAUGGCUGACCAGAACCAAGAAGACCUGCCCCGUGUGCAAGCAGAAGGUGGUGCCGUCCGACGGGGACUCCGAGUCCGAGUCUGAGUCGGGUGACAGCGAGGAGAACGAAGUGUCAGAAAACACGCCCCUGCUGCGAUCUCUGGCCUCCACCAGCGCUCAUUCCUUCGGGACCAUGUCCGGCUCGCUGUCCCAUCACGACACCGAGUCCUCGGACUACGACCCGCGCAGCGACUCCGACAGCGAGGAGGAGGUGACCGUGGAGACGGUGGUCGUACAGCUGCAGCAGGACCGUCCUGACCACAUGGAGGCCAGCGCUUGACCCUCAAACUCUCAGUGAGACUCCAGUGCGUCUCACCGUCACUCACAAGUUAUCAUUGAAACACGUUUAACGCUCACCGCGUGCAGCGAUACUAUGCAGCCAAAUUUUAUAAUUCACGAAUUUUGCCAACCUGGUGAAACGUCACCUUUGAGGAUGUCCUUAGCGCUUGCUGCCAAACUCGUCUCAGACGUGCAUCCGAUCGCGACCAACAGCAUGUUUCAUACGAUAAGACUUGACUGCUUGAGUUUGAUCAUUAGAGCGGAGCCGCCGCACACACCAGUCACUCAGAAGUGUAGUUUACAUCAUUUAGGAGUCUGUUUGUUUUUUCUAACACAAUGUGGUCUGUUCCUGAUGUCUGACUGCGUUUUAAUGUUGCUUUACUGUAAAUAUACCUUUCACUUACACUUGUUUCUGAGUAGUCCACAUUCAUUUCUCUUCAUGAAUAAAAUACUACACCUUUU